AUGAAUAUAUUUCUAUCAAAAAUGUUUAUCUUUGUGAUUGGUUAUGUGAAUAUUGUCAACAGUGCUUCGCUAAUUUCAUCUGAUCCUCGUCACGGAACAGUUCGUAAUUCUAACAUUCCACUUGUCGAUGAUUGUGCAUUACGAGCGUUUACUGUCGAGAUGGCUGCUUACAUUCAACCUAAUGCAUCUCGAAGCAACUGGACAGCACUCAGCGAAAGUGCCUUACAAAUGAAUGAGUGUCAUGAUCAAUCAUACCGAGUUCAAAAAUCGUCGAAUACUCGAAAGUCAUUCGAAACGUUGCAGACAACGAAAAACAGUGAUUGUUUUCGAACCAUUUUUGUCCAAGACAGUAUGGGUAAUGAUUUGUUCGAUGGAACAUUAGAUAGACCAUUGAAAACGAUUCCGGUUGCUUUGUCUCUCACACGAAAUCUACGUCUCGCUCACGGUAAUGAGAUUCAAUUAUGCAUUGUCAUACGUGGUGGUACCUAUUAUCUCGGAACAAAUGCAACUACGAAUAGCAGUCAGAUUGGUGCUAUUUCUUUGACAAGUAAUGAUAGCAAUUUGAUCAUUGAAAACUAUAAAGAUGAACGGGUCAUCCUGAGUGGUGGUAUACUUUUGCAAUUGCAAUGGUCUGUUUAUAAGAAGACAUCGACUGGUGGUACGAUUAUGAAAGCUUUGCUACCACCAAAUGUCAAACUGAGUGAUUUCAAUGAAUUAUACAUUGAUGGACGACGAGCCAUUGUGGCAAAAUAUCCCAAUGGUGAUCCUGCAACUCAGGGUUUGUACGCCAAAGAGCCCGGAUUCUCAUUUGAUGCUGAAUUCUGGUGGCAGCCCGAACACAAUCGUAGUCAAGAGAUUCAUAUCGCAGAACCUUUUCGUAAUGGCACUCACUUCAGUCAUUAUCAGAUCGGACUGAAUGGUGGUGCAUCUGUUUUCAACCCACCAAGUAGUUUUUGGAGUACGGCCAGACCUUACGGUAAUAACAAUUAUGUUGUGCCACGUGGUGUUAUAGGCAAACUUCACUCAUUACCACAUAUGAGUAACUGGACAAAACCGACUACGGGAUUGGUUCAUGUCUUUCAUUCACUUUAUUGGGGUAGUUGGGUAUUCGAAAUCGCAUCAGUUCAUCCGAUGGAAAAGCGAAUCAUGUUCGGUCGAGGAGGAUUUCAAGAAGCACGUGGUCAUCGAUUCGGUGGUCCUUUUUAUGUCGCGAACAUUUUCGAGGAAUUGGAUUCACCUAACGAAUGGUUCUUAGAUAAAGAUUCUCGUACUCUCUACUUCAUGCCCAAUGGAACGAUGCCCAAUGUUUUCGUAGCUAGUCAAAUUUCUUGUUUAAUUUCAUUACGUGGCAAUAGCAUUCAAGAACCUGUUAACAACAUUUCAAUUCGAGGUUUGAUCUUCACUGAGACAAGUAAUACUUAUCUAAGAGACUACAUAGUGCCCAGCGGUGGUGACUGGUCUGUUCACCGAGGUGGAACGAUCUUUUUAACAAACACAACUAAUGUCACUGUCAGUGAAAAUCUAUUCACCGAAUUGGGAAGCAAUGCAGUAGCGGUCAUUGAAUACAAUAAAGACACAUUAGUUACUUUGAACGAGUUCGUAUGGCUAGCUGAUUCAGCAGUUAUUCUCGUGGGAACUACAAAUGGAAUUGACGGUUUCUCAGUUGCAACUCAGCCUACCAACAUCAUGAUAUUGUGA